AUGGAGCAGAAUAUGUUCAGCGAAAGCAUACCUCCAAGUCUUGCCAAUUGCCAAAAGCUACAACUACUUAAUCUUCCUAGUAACAAUCUAACAGGCACCAGACCUAAGAAGCUUUUUACACUUUCUUCCCUUACAAUUUCUUUGAGCAUGUCUAACAAUUUUUUGACUGGUUCGCUACCGUCUGAAGUGGGAGAUUUGGUAAACCUGGCGGAGCUAGAUGUCUCCGGAAACAAAUUAUCAGGAACAAUUCCUGAGUCCCCUUAUAGCUUUAAGAGGCUUGGAAGAGAUGUUUCACGCAAUAACUUAUCUGGAAAAAUUCCUGAUUUCUUAGGCAAGUUUAGAGCUCUUAACCAUCUCAAUCUUUCUUAUAAUGAUUUUGAGGGUGAAUUGCCUAAAGAAGGGAUCGUUUCAAAUGCUAGUGGUCUCUCAGUUCUCGGAAAUCAUAGGCUCUGUGGUGGCAUCCCACAAUUACUUUUACCUGCAUGCUUGCGCAAAAAGCCUCAUUCAUCUCAAGGAAUUCUUGCGCCAAAAGAAUUAGAACCAGUUGAAUCAACUAAUGGAUUCUCUAUGGACGCUAUGAUUAGUAUGGGAAGCUUUGGUUCUGUUUACAAAGGAACGAUCCCUACAACUGGGAAGGUAGUUGCUGUUAAGCCGAGCAAUGUUCUUCUCGAUGAAGAUAUCGUAGCCCAUGUUGGUGACUUUGGUUUAGCACGGUUCCUCUUGGAAGCAUCAAAUACUCAAUCUCAAAGUCAAAUCAUGUCAGCUAGGCUAAGGGGUUCCAUAGGCUACAUUCCUCCGGGUAGUAUGGCAUGGGAUGCCAAGUUUCCUUAUUGGGAGAUAUCUAUAGUUUCGGAAUACUGGUGCUAG